AUGAAGUUCUUUGUCCUUGCCGCUCUCUUCAGCGCCGCCAGCGUGUCUGCUCUCCCAGCCCUCGCCAUCGACACCAGCCGCCAAUUUGACUGUCCUCCUCGCGUCUCGGACUACUGCCACGCUCCCAACAUUCACGGCGGCUGCUCCUUUGCUGGCAGCUUCUCGUCCUCGGACCCUACCACCUGCGGCGGCUGCUCGUGCUUCUAA